AUGGAAUGCAAAUACAACGCCGCAUAUUCUCGGGGACUACCACCAGACCCUCUUCCUGUGUCACCGGGUCCAAUUUCGACUCCCACUAGAAAUCCGGCAUUUGAAGCUGUGGAUGGGCGCAUAUCCAGCUUCAAUUUACAGGGCACUGGCCGGGACCCGGCUUUGACCAACAAUCUACUUUCAAACCAAAGCCAAAGCCAGCGCCAGCAUGUGAUCUCACCGCGGCAUUCACCAGAACCAGGUUCAACGGAUUUUGAGGGUAAUUACCUCGGUCCUUCAUCCGGUGUGUCGUUCUUAAAUCGCGUAUGGAGCCGUCUGCAUCAAGAUGAAACCGCGAACUUCCCAGAUAAACUCCAAAUUGAGUCCUCGCGGAAUACAGCCGUCUUUAUGUUUGGUGAUAAGCCUUACUCCAACCCUCAAGACGCGGAAUUUACCCUCCCGACUCUGGAAAAGGCCCUGGAGUUGGUGGGAAUAUACUUCGAUUACUCUAUGGUGACUUAUCGAUUCGUGCAUAGAGGUAAUGUAGAAGAAUGGACUAGACAGGUUUAUCAAAAUAACAUCGGCCUCUCGAAUCUGCCGGUGGGAAAUAUGGUUGCUCGGACUGCUAUCGUUCUGAUGAUCAUUGCUGUGAGUACUUUGUACAUGGAAAUGAGGCCCGGGGAAAUGCCUGGGGGGCCAGGUGAAAGAUUAGAAAGUGAGCGCUGGUACGCAGCAUCGAAAUAUAUGUCUUCUCUCGAGUCAGGGCCGCCGCGACUGGAAACCAUCCAGGCCCGGCUAGGCCAAUGCCUAUACCUGCUGUCAUCGUCACGGGCUAACGAAUGCUGGUACUCAUUCGGAACGACAAUGCAGAUUGUGACUGCACUCGGAUUACACAGGAGGGGGCCAGCCAAAGUCUCGAAUAACGGGUGCUCGUAUCUAGAAUUGGAGCUUCGCAAGCGCAUCUUCUGGAGUGUAUACACUCUAGAUAAAUAUCUAAGCAUUAUGUUCGGAAGGCCUCGACUGCUCCACGAUGAGGACAUCGACCAAGAACUACCGAACGAGACGAACGACAUAGACUUACUGGAAGAAGACCCAACGCGAAGAACAGGAUCUACGGACAGCAUGAUGAUUGCCUCUGUUCUUCAUUACCGACUUGGUCGUAUCCUGGGCGACAUAUCUCGCCAACUAUACAGCAUAAACACCCUCUCUCGCGACUCCCCACUCGAGACAGCAAUCCGCCUAACCUCAGAACUCGAAAAAUGGAAAGAAACAGUCCCACCAUUGUUCAACAGCGUCCACCCGACCAGUUUAAUUCCACCCCUCUGCCGCCAAAGCCAAGUCCUCCAACUCGCCUACUCGCACGCCAUGAUCCACGUCACCCGCUCAUUUCUCUUAAACGAUUUCACAGACCUCAGCCGCAGACCGAAAGUCCCGCACCCGAUGGUCAGCUCGCACGUCCAUAAAUGCAUCCAGGCUGCCGAGGACAUCAUGACAAUAGUCGAUGGUCUUGCGCACCAGGGUGUACUGAUCCAGUCCUUCUGGUUCACACACUACGUGUGUUUCUGUGCUGUUCUGGUCAUUUACAUCCAUACCAUCCAACAGCACCGUAAGUCAAUGGGCGGAUCUAGCUCAGCCUCUGUCUCUUCGGUCGGAAGUCCCCGUGACCCAGAUAAAUUACGCCAGCUCUUUUCUCUCGCUGAAUCUUGUCAGCAACAUCUUGCCGAGGCCACGCGCAAGAACUGUCCGAGCCGUCGCUACGGGAUUAUCCUGGAGGAGUUGAGACAGGAGGUUCAUCGGCAGAUAUCUAAUGGGCUCUCGGUUGAAACUCAGGCUCAUUCUGGUGCAAAUGUUACUCUCUAUGUUUCGGGAGAGGGUUCACAAACUACGGAUGUAAAAUCGGUACUCUUUGAUACUCAGGGGGUUGAUUUCAUGAUGCAACCACCCGAUUUGGGAACGAAUCCGGGUGAUGAUGCAGGCUUCCUUGAGAGCCUUGAGGGAUCAAUCUGGUGGGCUCAACUUGACUCAUGGGCCUUGUCCAAUCUCCCUAAUGAUCCCUCGACAUUUAGCUUUUAA